AUGUUUUCCAAUAUCAUGCAACAACCAAUUAAAUCACUUUUCUCUUCCCAGUCCACUGAAGGAGAAAAAACAGUUCAAGAAGAUAAAACGGAUGAUGAUGAUAUUAUAGUAUCUUUUACAGAAAUUCUGUUUGAUCCUGAGGAAGAUAAUAUACCUGAUAACAUGCUCAAGUUAGGGAAACAAUUCAAAAAUCUCAAUCAUAAGCUAAAUUUUUUGUUACAAAUUCAGGCUGAUACAGGAGGUCGAAACUCAGUUUCUGGAGUGGAAGUGGAUAUUUUUCUCAAGUCACAAGAGCAUCGUCUCAAGAUUGCUAUGGAACAAAUUCAGAAACAACAUGUUGUGCGUUUAAAGCAUCAUGUUCAAAAUUUCCAAUAUGAGGUGACAAAGCUUUGUGAUGUUGCAAAAGAACGUUAUGAAAUUUUUGUUGAGCAAGUCAAGAAGGUGGAGGAUUCUGUUGAUGCCAUUGUUGAGGCCAUAAAGAAGCUUGUGGAGUAUAACACUUUAUUUUCAACCAAGCUCGAAGCCACAACAAAAACAGAUUCUAAGGUGUUUGAAAAGAUGGAGGAGUUUCUAGGAAGCUUAAAAGAAUAUUUUUCGAAGCUUGAUCUUUCUCAACAAUCAGCUGUCUCUCAGGAGUCUAUCUCGAAGUUGAUUUCUUCUAUCGAAUCCAACAUAAAGACUAAGAUUGAACCCAUUAUGAUGUUGGUACUUUUAUUGCCAACGAAUUCCCUAGCUAUGAAACAUGUGGUGCAAGGGGGGAUGGGGGUUGGAUCUUUGAAAGAUCCUGAUCAAGCAAAAGUUGUAGGGAAGGUGAUGUCAACUCAAAUUCCCACAUCACUUCCUAUUUCUCUAAUAACCACUUCUACUACAACAACUUCGAGACCAAUAACAAAAGGCAUUUUCAUUACAAAAAGUGUUGGGGGAUCAAGUUCAAGUUUGAAACCACCUCCUACAAAAUAUAAUAAAGGUGAUAAAGGGUAG